CUUAAAGAAGGCAAUGGAAAUGGUAGCUGCGUUGAAACAACGGUGGCAAGAGUUUGCCUUCAAUCCUGUGCUUGUUUUCUCUCUUCUUCUCUUAUCCUUUGUUCAUCUUUUUAGGCUAAGUCGAACUCGCAAACUCAAAUUACCUCCAUCACCACCAAAGCUACCAAUUAUUGGAAACCUUCACCAACUUGGUGCUUUCCCCUAUCGCUCCCUCAAAAAACUCUCCGACAAAUAUGGCCCCCUUAUGCUUAUGCAUUUUGGCGGAGUCCCAACUCUUGUAGUUUCAACUGCUGAGAUGGCUUACGAAAUCACUAAAAAUCACGAUGUUACUUUCGCAAGUAGGCCAAAAACCAGCGCCGGAGAUGUUCUGUUUUUCGGGCGCCAAGACAUUGCAUUUUGCCCAUAUGGUGAAUAUUGGAGACAAGUAAAGAAGGUUUGCGUUCUUGAACUCUUGAGCCAGAAAAGAGUUCAAUGCUUUGAGUUCGUGAGAAGAGAAGAAACUGCUAAGCUAGUGGAGAAGUUGCAUGAUGCUUGCAACGAAGGAUCUCCGGUUAAUCUGAGUGAGAUGCUUGUUACAAUCUCCAACAAUAUCAUAUCAAGAUCAGCUCUCGGUACAGUAUAUGAUAAUGAAAGUGGCCUUCAGAGCAGUUCAGGAGAUUUAGUUAGAUUAACAAUAGAUCUUAUGGGGAGUUUCAGCUUUAAAGAUUCUUUUCCUUACUUGGGGUGGCUUGAUGUUUUAACUGGCUUCAGUAGAAAGGUGAAAAAGACUUGCAAAGAAUUGCAUGGUUUCCUUGAUCAAGUGAUUGAAGAACAUCAAGAAUCAAAAAGCCAAAGCAAUGUUGAAGAUACAAAUGACAUUGUGGAUAUUCUUCUCCAUCUUGAGAAGAAUGGCAUGCUUAGUGCUAACUUCACUCGUGAAAGCAUGAAAGCUAUCCUAGUGGACAUGUUUAUUGCUGGAACUGAUACUACUGCAACAACUAUGGAUUGGACAAUGGCAGAACUGAUGAAAAACCCAAACAUAAUGAAGAAAGCCCAAGAAGAAGUAAGAAGAGUGGUCGGAAACAGAUUGAAAGUAGAUGAAUCUGAUCUUGAUCAAAUGACCUACCUAAAAUGCAUUGUAAAAGAGACGCUGAGGCACCACUCAGGAAUGCUUCCUCGACAAACAACUACGAGGUCGGAGCUGGCAGGCUAUGACAUUCCACCUAAUACAACAGUUUUAAUCAACAUGUGGGGAAUUCAAAGAGAUCCAAGAUUAUGGGAAAAUCCUGAUGAUUUUAUUCCUGAGAGGUUUAUUGACAAUCCAGUAGAUUUCAAUGGCAAAGACAAAAAGUAUAUUCCAUUUGGUUUUGGGAGAAGGCUUUGCCCUGGAAUAUCAUUUGCAGUUAAAGAAGUUGAAUAUGUAUUAGCUAAUCUCCUCUUCUUGUUUGAUUGGAAGUUGCCUGAUGGUCAAGGACCUGAGGACUUGGACAUGAGGGAAGUAUUCUACCUUGUGAAUCGUAAGAAAAUUCCUCUCAUGAUUAUGCCGACCGAGCAUUAAUAAUCAAUAAUGAAAAUUUUCUAGAGAGUUGAAUUUGAAGUGUGAUAUUUUCCUUUUGUAUCCAAAUAAUCCUUGAAGGUUAAAUAAAUAAGCAAUAUGUGCUUUUCAGUUUUA